GUCGCGCUCGCGUUCGCCGCGAUGCUCGCCGCAUCCGCGGUCGUCCUCGCCGCGCCGAUGUUCUCCUCUCGCAUCAUCGAGUGCUUCAUCGGCGCGCGACCGGAGGCGCACUUCGCCCGGGCGCUCGCGACGCUCUGCUCGCUGUACCUCGGAGAGGCGGCGUUCACGUUCGUCUACGUGCGGUGCGCGUGCGCGCUCGGCGAAGAAGUCGUCGCGUCGUUGCGACGCGACCUCUUCCGCGCGCUUCUCACGCAGCGCGUGCGCUUUUUCGACGAACACAAGUCCGCGGAGCUCGCGGCGCUGUUAUCCGUCGAGCUCGGGACCGUGCGGACGCUCGUCGUCGCCAACGCGAGCCGCGACCGCGGGUUUCGCGCGGCGUGCGAGUGCGUCGGCACGGUGGUCGUGUUGUUCGCCGUCGCGCCCAAACUCGCGCCCGUGCUCGCGUUCGCGGUGAUGUCCUUCGCGAUCGUGACCGCGAAGUUUAACCGCAAGACCGGCGCGCUGUUCGCGAUGGACGCGAAAGCGCAGGGCGCGGUGAGCGCGUCCGCGGCGGCGACGCUGGGGAGCGUGCGAACGGUGCGGUCGUUCGGCGGCGAGGCGAAGGCGUUUCGCGCGUUCGGCGUCGACGCGGAACGCGCGCGGACGAGCGGCGUCGCGCUGUCCAAAGCGAGGGCGGCGCUCGAGUGCGCGAACCGCGGGUGCAUCUACCUCUCGCUCGUCGUGUUGUACACCUUCGGCGGGUACCUCGUGAAGAGCGGGCAAGUCCCCGUCGGCGUGUACCUCGCCGCGGUCGGGUACACGUUCGGUUUAAUAUUCGCCACGCAAGGCGUCGUCAACACCGCCGCGGACGUGAAAGCCGCGAGCGCGGCGUUGGGGCGCGCGCGGGAUCUCGUCACCGCGCGGGCGCCGGACCCGUCGCUGUGCGAGCUGAUCCCGACGCAGGCGCAGGCGGGAGAGGUGGGAGAAAAAAGGGUGGGAGGGGAGUCGAAAGGCGGCGGCGGCGGCGGCGGCGGCGAGUGGACGGCGAACGCGUCCUUCUCCGAGGAGGAGAAAGAGGCGAGAUGGGAGACGUCGCGCGCGGGCGCCGCCGCCGCGCGCGCGGCCGCGCGCGGCGGCGACAUCGUGCUCCGCGGCGUGACGUUCGCGUACCCGAGCCGGCCGGACCAAGACGUCCUGCGCGGCCUCGAUUUGGUUCUCCCGCGCGGCAAGGUCACCGCCAUCGUCGGCGCGUCCGGCGCGGGGAAGAGCACGAUCGCGCAGCUUCUGUGCCGGUUCUACGACCCAGACGUCGGGAUUCUCUCCGUCGGCGGCGAACCGCUGGAUCGCGCGGCGUUCAACCGCGCGCACUGGCUCGACGCGGUCGCGCUCGUGUCUCAGCAGCCGACGUUGUUCGCCGGGACCGUGCGCGAGAACAUUCGGUACGGCAGAGACGGCGCGAGCGACGCCGACGUCGCGGCGGCGGCGGCGGCGGCGAACGCGCACGAUUUCAUCUCGGAACUUCCGGAAGGGUACGACGCGGACGUCGGCGAGGGCGGGGGCGCGCUGUCCGGGGGGCAGCGGCAGAGGAUCGCGAUCGCGCGCGCGAUCCUGAAGGACGCGCCGGUGCUGCUGUUGGACGAGGCGACGUCCGCGUUGGACGCCGCGUCGGAGGCGGCGGUGCAGAGCGCGUUGACGCGUCUGAUGCAGGGUCGGACGACGCUCGUGAUCGCGCACCGGCUGAGCACGGUGCAAAACGCGGAUCAGAUCGCGGUCAUGGAUCGCGGGGAGGUGGUCGAGUGCGGGUCGCACGAGGAGCUGCUGAGGAGAGGGGGCGUCUACGCGGGGCUCACAAACUCGCAGCGGCUGUCGUUC